AUGAAGUCCCGCUUGGUUUUUCACAUCACCUGUGUGACCCUGCUGUCACUCUGCUGUACUGUGUGUCACUCCACUCCUCUGUUCCAUAACACCACCAUGGAUGGCAGUGGUGAUGCAGAGCUGGAACUCCUUUUCCCGACUUCUUUCUCCACCCGAGCACCUGUUCAAGUCACCGCUGCCACUGGUGCUCCCAGCCUCACCAACACCAUCACCACCACCAUGAUCCGCCUGAAGGACUUUGUCCUGAGCAGAGUGGUCGACUUCCUGCAGGAGCAUCUACUAAUCAUCAUUGUCGUGACCUCCCUUCUCAUCGUCAUGGUCUUCAUCAUCUGCUGCGCCUCUGCCAUGAGCCACAAGCGCAAGCUGGAGGCCUACAAGCCCCCUGCUCAACCAUCCAGGAAGUAUAUGGCAGACAAAACUGCAGGGAGCAAGAAUUCAAGUGACACCCAGGAGAGGCCGUACGCUGUUGACCACGUCAAGAGAGUCCAGACUCAGAGCAUGGCCUCCCCCAAGAACCUGCGCCUGCCCUCGAAGGCUCUGGUGGGAGAGAGGGGGAGAGACGUCAGGUCUUCACCUCGCCAGGAGGUCAGGAAGGUCAGGGAGGCAGAGGAGGUGGAAAAGCGGAGAGAAGAGCCCAAGCACAAAGAGAAGCACAGAGAGGAGGUGCAUCAGAGCUCCAGUCCCAGCACCAGCUCUAGUAAGCCCGUCUGCACCUGCCAUCUUAAAAAGGCCCACCACUAG